AUGCAUCAUGAUUGCAAGCCAGUCAUUGUUCACAGAGACAUAUCAAGCAAUAACGUUUUAUUGUCUUCAAAUCUCGAAGUCCAUCUCUCAGACUUUGGCACGGCAAGGUUCUUAAAAACCGAUUCAUCAAUUUGGACGACUUUUACUGGCACAUACGGUUAUGCUGCUGCAGAGCUUGCAUACACAAUGGCAGUGACUGAGAAAGUUGAUGUAUAUAGCUUUGUUGUUUUGGCCAUUGAGUUGCUUAUGGGAGAGCAUCCUGGUGAUUUUAUAUCACAUACAAAUCCAUGGGAUUGGUCAUAUCAGCUUGGCACAUAUUUUGGACCCUCGCUUGUCAUCAAUGAAGCAUCAAAACUUUAA